AGCACUUAUGGUGGCUAGCCCCUGCUGCAGUGGCUGAAUAUUAUUUUUUAGCACACUAGCUUAAGCAACAUGACUCAAGUAUGGCACCUUGAGCUGGAAAUUAUACUCCAAGUAUAGAUGUCCCCUGACAUUCUGAAGUCGUGUGUGGUUCGGCUUUGAACAGCACCUCACGUUGCUGGUCUGUAAAUGCAGACUUGAUCUGCUAGUUGCUUGUUACUGGACUUGGUACUCCUUGAUUUCAAACCCUUAGCAUGCUAUUUUAGUUAACAGUAAGUACAAUGGUGGGACUCUGCUCUUUGCCUAAAAUACACGAAUAAGAUCUGACCUAUAACCAUUUCUGUGCUAUCAGAUCUAAGCAGAAGCUGGAGGAGGAUGGGAGGGGAACUCUAAUUCUGUAGCUGACUUUGGUCACUGACUGUCUCUGUCCAUUUCUAGACCAUUCAUACAAGGGAGCCUAGGUCCAACACUCCAUCUGUCCUGGGCCAAAUGUGGGAGGUCCGACAUGAAGGAUAGAUGAGUAACUAUUCACUCAGAAAACAUAAAAUGCAAUUGGAUUUUUGCCUCUAGGAUGAAUAUCUUUCUGUUGUCCUAGCAUCGUGAGCAUCUGACAUAGUUUGCAUAAGUGAAAGGGCACCAAAUUUCUAUGGAAUGCGGGGGACUCUGGGACUGAAAUGAGCGACGACAGAGUAAUGAACAGAACAUGCCUUGGAAACAUCUGCCUAUGAGUAAAUGAUUCUAUUGCUUAUGCCUUUAUAACUAUAGUGGAGUGAGUGAGUCUGGCAGCACAAGAGUGAAGCCAUUCAUCGGCUGUGAUGGGUAGAUCUCUUCCUGGCCUCAAAUGAUCCUUUCCAGCGACGUGAUUCUGUUCUCUCAUUUCAGUUGAGUCUCAUCUUCAGCACACAAGGCCGUGGUGCCCCUUGACACCAGAAGAUCAUCGGGAGCCCCCGUAGCAACAAUGGACGUCUUCUUGAUGAUCCGUCGCCACAAAAUGACCAUCUUUGCUGAUGCCAAGGAGACGACUACCGUGCAGGAGCUGAAGAAGAUUGUGGAGGGCAUCCUGAAGACGCCUCCAGAGGAGCAGCAGCUAUACAAGGAUGACUGGUUGCUGGAGGAUGGUGACAGGACCUUGAUAGAAUGUGGGUUAAGCAGUCAGACUUCCCGUCCCCAGGCGCCAGCCAUGGUGGGCUUGGCCUUAUUCAGAGCCAGCGAGGGCUCCUUUGAGCCAUUGCACAUCGACCCCUUCUCCAGCACCCCCGAGCUGCCUGAUGUCUUCAAGUCUCAAGAUUCUGGCAGCAGCUCCAGCGAGCAGCCUAUGCAGUGAAACCAAGGUCCACUGCUCCAUCCCAUAGAUGUAGUGCUGAUCAUGCACGAGUCACAGCUGUGUGCUCAUUUCACUUGCAGCACUUGACAACAUUAUGAAUUCACUAAUAAAGCUUUGCUGUUAAACUUCUCUGGGGUGUCAACAUCUUCUGUCUCAGUCUCUAGAGAGCCAGUUCACAAUGAUUGUUCACUGGGUUCCUUGCAUCUUAACUUUUGUGAAGAGGUGGUGGGGUGUGUGACAGUCUAUGAAGCAAACUCUUAAACCUCCUUGUCCAGCCCAAUGUCCGUAGACGUGACCUCAACAUUUACUUUUUCCAAGAACAGUGACAUGGAUAAACUACAGACAGCCAGCGUGGUCAGUUUUCCUAUAGAGUCUUGUUAUGUUUAGUGUCUUUUCCUAAAGCCUCAGCUUCUGGAAUCAUGUGACUCCUUCAGAAUCUUGGCUUGCAUUAUUUGUCUUCUAGAACUCAAAUUGUGGAGAGAAGCCUGAAAAAGGUUAACCCUGAUGGCUGAAAUAAUAGGCAAACUACCACCUAACCUCAUGAUUAUUUUCAAGCCAAUCUCCUGACCUUCUGCAAGCUGACUCAGGACUCAUGGAACACCCAGGUGGCAAUACUGUGCCAGUACAAUGUAUGUGGCAACAAAUAACUCUUCACUCUAAAAGUCUGUCCUAAUUGAGAUGGAGCUGUGAGACAAAACUAUUCAACAGUUGAAGAGGAAGCAGCUAGCAUGUUAAUUAACAGGGGCUGUUAAACUUAGAGGAUAGGAAAAGCAAUUCACAUGCACGCACCCACCCUAGAGACAUAACAGGAGAUGAACCUCUGAAAGAUGUGCCGCUAUUCUAGCUUGGUGCUGAUCUUGGGGAACAAGAAAAUACUAGCAUUCAAUGAGAGAGCUAGGGAUGACAGAUUGUAACGAUGGCAGCAGAAGGGUCAGUACAGCUGGGGGCUCAUGGUCAUGAGUCAUCGCAUGGUGUGACAGAGUAAGAGCAUCUCCUAAAUGGCUUGGGUAGAACCACCUCUAGAAUGACAUUCUUGGUAUCUCAUUGGCCAAGGGAAGGAGCUCCGAGGAGAUAGACAGUUCAUUAGCAGGUUGGAGGGACUCACUUGUGCAUCCCUAGCUCUUUACUUGGAGAAGGUAUAAAGGAAUGCUAGGUGGUAAGUCUACAAGCGGGGGAGGGGGAACGAAAUUGUCUAAAGUUGUCUGAAAAUUGGAAUAAAAGUUGUCUGGAGCCUCCUUCUAAUAGAAGGAUCUGGGUGUAAAAGCUCUGAGGUGAGGGAGGCAAGACGUUUUUAGCUGGGGGGGGGAAAGGAGACCUAACUAGAAGCAGACUAGCUUUCUUAGAAAGUCCCUGAUUGGGAGGCUGACUGAACUAUGGAACUGUCUCUAAAGGAAGCGGUGACAGCCCUAUGACUUGGUAUAUUCAUGCCUAGAGGAGACAAAACACUGGAAACUACACCUCUAGGGGCCUGCAUUGGAAGGGGAUGGCAGAAUGGAACCAUACCAGCAAUAGCUGUGCCCACUUGCUUUAACUAGUAUAAUGGGAUUUCAUUAUUCUUUUUCAUUGACUCAGGUUGUUCUGACGUGGCUCUAAAAGCAAAUUCCCUGACUCCUCUAAUAGCUUUGUGCUAAUAUUUUAAUUCCUGAAUUACGUGUGUGCUGAGGGGGGGAGGGGGUGGUUUUGUUUUCGUUUGUUUGAAGUAAGAUGUUGCUGCUCUGCCGUCCUCCUGCUCCACUCUAAGGUCAUUCUUCUGGGAUAGAACAGUCAUUGCAAUUCCCCCUAUAUCUGCUUGGAGGCUUUAUUAAGUACAGUAAGUAAAAGUAUCUUUAAAAAAAAAAAAUGCAGGCCCUGAUCCUGCAAGCAUUCAUCCAUGUCAGUCUAUCUAAAUGCAGAUAAAACUACUCAUGUGCUCAAGAUUAAGCAAGCGCAUGCUUACAGGAGCAGGGCCUGGAUUUGCGAG